CACCCUCAUUCUCAGAGGGCACACAGACACACACACACUCACACAUAUAUCCUCUCACAUACACACUCACAGCUGUUGAUGCGUUUCUCUCUGAUGAACGCCGGAGCAGCCGAGGAGCAGAGCCCACAGGAAUCUGGGAGAAUCUGCUGACUGCUGGCAGCUCGGCCAGAGAGCAUCUAUAUGGACAAUCUAGACGGACAAGUGGACCGACUGGUUUCAUGAUUGCAGCCUGGCUCUCAUUUUCAGUCAUUCGCAUCCCGCUCUUUCUGUCUCGUCUUUCACCGGCUUCUCUCUGGGACUCAGUGUUGGAAUUUGAGCACAGACAGCGAGCAGUGGAGGAAAAAUAGAGACAUGUGUUUUGCCCCAGCCGCCUACUACUACUGCCUGUUCUCUCCCAUUCACUGACCAAGGAGGAAAUACAAGGUGAGAGUCAGAGCGGCGGCCAUAGAGUGAACGUGUGAGGUGAAGCAGGCAUGAGUGCGGACGGCCAUCAGGGGGUGGUGACCACUCCUCCCCCGCCCAGUGGAGGGACUAAGGAGCGCUACUUCGACCGGGUCAAUGUCAAUGAUCCGGAGUACAUCAGGGCCAGGAACAUGUCCCCUGACCUCCGGCAGGACUUCAAUGUACUGGAGCAGAAGAAACGAGUCACGCAGAUCUUACAGAGCCCCGCCUUCAAAGAGGAGCUGGAGAGCCUCAUCCAGGAGCAGCAGAGGAAGGGCAACAACCCCACCGGCCUGCUGGCCCUCAGACAGAUCGCUGACUUCUUCAUGGCCAGCUCUGUGGCCGGCUUCAAUACCUCCCCCCUCAGUCUGGGGAUGGUCACACCCAUCAACGAUAUGUAUGGAGUGGAAUCCAGCACGAUGGUGAAAGGCGAGAAGCUGACACGCUGUAAAGUGGCCAGCCUCUACAGACUGGUGGACCUGUUCAGCUGGGCACACUUCGCCAACUCCUUCAUCACAGGUCGAGUCAGCAAAGAGCAAGACCACAUCCUCAUCAUCCCCAGAGGACUGUCCUUCGCUGAGGCGUCUGCAUCAAACCUGGUGAAGGUCAACAUCAUAGGGGAUGUGAUCGAUCAGGGCUCCACCAACCUGAGGGUCGACCCUGCAGGUUUCAGCCCACAUGCUGCCAUCUACUCAAUGCGUCCAGACAUCCGCUGCAUCAUACACGUGCACACUCCUGCCGCAGCUGCUGUGUCAUCUAUGAAGUGUGGCAUCCUGCCCAUCUCCCAGGAGGCAUUGAUCCUGGGUGAUAUCGCCUACUACAACUACCAGGGCAGCCUGGACGACCAGGAGGAGCGCAGAGAGCUGCAGAAGGCCCUGGGACCUACGGCGAAGCUUUUGGUGCUGAGGAAUCACGGUGUGGUUGCUCUCGGGGAGACCAUCGAAGAGGCCUUUCACUACAUCUACAAUGCCCAAUACGCCUGCGAAAUCCAGGUGAAUGCCAUCUCAUGUGCUGGCGGUGUGGACAACCUGAUAGUGCUGGAUCAGGAGAAGUACAAAUCACGAGUGUUCACCUUGGCCUCAAUGGCUUCCGUCAGCAUGGCCGGACAGUACAAAUGGAAGGUUGGCGAGCUGGAGUUUGAGUCUCUGAUGAGGAUGCUUGAUAACCUGGGCUACAGGACAGGUUACGCCUACAGGCACCCCAUCAUGCGAGAGAAGCCCAGGCACAAGAGUGACGUAGAGAUCCCCGCCACGGUCACAGCAUUCAUGUUCGAGGAGGACGGGGACAGCGGCGCCACAAGGAUGCCCUUCAAGUUCCUGCAGCAGCGGCAGCAGAGGGAGAAGACGCGCUGGCUCAAUUCCCCCAACAGCUACACCAAGGUCAGCGUGGAGGGCGGAGAGGAGCGCUACAACAGCAGGACAACCACGUGGAUGAAGGCGGAGGAAACAGGAACCCCAAUCCGAAUCGAGGACCCCAAUCAGUUUGUCCCUCUCAACACAGACCCCACUGAAGUGCUGCAGAAGAGAAACAAAAUCAGAGAGCAGAACCGCUUUGAUAUGACGUCAUCGGGGCCACGCUCUCAGCACCUUGCAGGCAUCCCUAUAGAUGAACCGCGACGGGAUCUGGUGCAGAUAAAAGUUCUGCCAUACGUGCCCACAGAGGAGGAGCAGAUGGCUCCCCUGCCUCCCAACCCCUUCAGUGAGCUGUCAGAGAAGGAGCUGAAGGAGUACUGCAAGAACGUGGAGAGGAGGCAACUUGGCCUCAGCGAUGGAGAGCACGAGCUAACCUCCGACGACGGCUCCACUCUCUCUCAGUCUCUGUCUCUCACCCAGUCUCCGCAAAGCACUCCAGCUAAAGAAGAUAACCACACGGGCCUGAUGAACGGCAAAGACGACCACGGCGACGUGGAUGAGGAGCUGUCCAAGCGCGUCAGCCAGCUUACCACCAGCGUGGAGAGCGUGGAGAUCACGGUGCGCUCCGGAGAGAAGAUUGAGGAGGCGCUGUCCCCCGAGAGCUCGCCCUCCAAGUCGCCCAACACCAAGAAGAAGAAGAAGUUCCGCACCCCGUCCUUCCUGAAGAAGAACAAAAAGAAAGAGAAGACAGAGGCCUGAGAGGAGCUGGGCAGCGGGGAGCGAGGCAGAAGAAGAAGAGAGGGGCAGCAGCCACCUUUUCUGUUUGUCUGUGUUUUUAUUUUGUCUUCGUUUUCAAUGUCCUUUUAUGUUUUUAAUUUUAUUUGAAUUUUUUUAACAAAAGGUUUUAUGUGCAAAAGGCAGAAUAAUUGAUUAGUUAAAAAAUUAAUUGGUUUGCAACAAAAAAGAAAUGUCUCUCCUUCUGCAAAAAGACGAGAAUGUUUUUUGGGAUGGGCGUAUGGGUCCACAAAUUAAAGUUGCAGCAGAUAUGGGGUGACUUUAGUGGGUGUUGGGUGUCUACACACCUGAUCACUCAUGCAGUACUCUAACAGGGCUCCUUGAAAGUCGUAAUGUGUCAUUUGAGGCCAUUUAGAUCCUGAAUAACUGGCUCCUCCUGUGUUGUUUCGCAGGCUGAAAAUAGAACUUGAAACCACCUCGCAUAUUUGUUGCUUCAAAAUCCAAUUUUAUUAAAUGGUUGGGUUGCAACACGAGUGCUGUACAACUGCACAAAAUGAAACUAAACCUUUUUUUAUUUAAAGACAUCCCCUGGUCUUUAAAGGUUUUGUUUUUACAUUCUGGUCACCUGACUCUGUAUAGGGAACUGAGAGGCCACGUGAAAUUUGAAGUCACACUGGAAAACUGGUCUCAGAAAAAACAACAGCCACAGGGCUUGUGUUGAUUUAUUUUGCUGUGAGAGAUGUUUUCUUUCUGCUCUCUCACACUCUCCAAGCGUCUGAUACAAACCCUGUCUUCAGCUGAUUGUGGUUGAACUAGAAGAUGAGUUAAAGAGUGGACUGGACAAAGAUAGUGAGGAUGAAGGCUGACGGUUUAUCACAACUAAGUUGACGUAAUCUCAAAGAGCCGCUGACUCACUCAGAAUAUUUAUGUAGCAUUUUCAUAUCUUCUCCUCUUCAUCUCAAUGUUUUCUUUCCCUUUUUUUGCCAAACAAAAUGGAAGAAAAGAAGAAACAAUCUCAUUUUAGUGAAGCGUCACUGUGUCUAGUUUGUCAUCUCAUGAAAUCUGAUCUUUUUUUAUCGAACACAAAUUUGGUAUUAGUCGACUCUGUUUUGUACUCAUUUGUAAGCUUUUACAGAGAAUUACAGAUGUUACGCAUGUUUUCUCUUUUUGCAAGAACUGAAUUUAUAUGGCUGACUAUGUUCUGUAGUGAUGCCUGAUUGCUCAAAUUAUAUUCUAAUCUUCAGAGUACACAAAUUUACUAUAUAACACAGAUAUAUGAAAACUGGAUAUGUUGGCUAUAGAUUUUUAACUAUAUAUUUUUUAUUUUAUUGUGCUGCACUUUUCUUGUGGUAUAUAACACAUUUUAGUUGCAGGUGGUUUCACCAGUGAAGGAGAUUGUGAAGUAUUUGGUUAAAAAAAAACAAAAAAGUUGUGCAAGUAGCAAGCGAGGCAUGGUGUCGGAGAAAGGUCAGGACCCAGAAAGUGAGUCGAAUGAAAAGAGGGAGUAGUCUUUCAUUGGUGUCACGCGUGAGAAAUGAUCUCUACUUCUCAACUCAACAAAACAGGAAGUGUAGUGUUGAAACGCCAAACUAUCUGCAGUCACCAGCUGAAAUGAGAAUCACGGGUUGUGGAGUGGUGACAUCUUUAGUUUGGUGUGUUUGUGUGUUUGUUUUUAAAGCCAUAUUGUAAUUUUUUUCCUCCAUUGUUUUAAAUGAUGAGACAAGGGUUGCGAUUAUGCCUGCUUGGGGCAUCAAGGACCCUCACAAGACCUCUGUUAAAUCACCCCAGUGACUGCAUCGACACCCCUCAGGCUCCCACAAACUUUAUUUUUUUCUCAGUAGCUACUUUCACAGUAGCUACGGUUCUUGCUUAAUUUGCCAUUUAUUUCCUCCUGGAACUGGAACAUAAUAAGGAGGUCAUAUGGACAUUUUUACUUUUAUUUGAUCGCUCUGCGAGCCCGAUCGUCAUUUCAGCUUCUAAAGCCUCCCCUCAUGUAAUUUCUCUAGUAAACACGAUCGUGUUGUAACUGUCAGAUGACCCGCAGUUGAACUGCAAAGCCAAAGUGUGAUGGGUUGCCACAUAUCCUCCCCCCCGCAGUUUAACCAGAUGUACCAAUAUCCCAGCUAGCAAUGUGAAGUAUUGGAUUUGGGGGGGAGGAAGGGAGGGAGGGUUUAGGGACACAUCUUUAGCUGUGUUAAACGAUAGCUUUUGGCUCUGGGCAAAGAGCUGAGGUCACACAACUGGAAGAUGGAGAAGGGAGGUGUGAGUUUGGAAAUGGAAGUGCAUAUGUGUGUGUAGUAGAGAGGGGCAGGGGGUAAGGACAACCUGACACUAACGCACCAUGUUUUUAUCACUCAGACUGUCUUCUUCUUUCAUACCAUCUCUCUUCCCGGAAAGUUCUUUUUAUUUUUCAUCCUCCAUUUGUAUCGCAGUACGUUUUUUUUUUCUUUUAGUUUGCAGAGAGCACUAGGCUUUUUUAUUAACCAUUUUAUGAGCAUAAAUUGCUCCCAGAUGAACUGAAUGUGCAUUGCAUCCUUUUUAUUUUCUCCUCUUCUGUUUCCGACUGUUUGCACCUUGCUUUACUAAUGCCUCUCUAUCCACCUUUUUUUCUGUUUUUUUUUUUUUUUUUUAAAGAGCGAGUUUUGCUUUGGCAUGCCAGAAUGAGCCAAGCUACUUUGUGACCUGUGAAAAUCCUAUAUAAAUGGUUAUCUAAUGGAGUUGCUUUUAGAUGUAUUGCUAAUCAGUGUAAAUUCACAAAUAAAACUGUAUUUUAAGAAA